AUGCAACCAAAUCAGAAGCAGGCCAUACUGGAGUUUUACCGAUCACUGAACCGCAAACUUUCAAAGCUGCAGCUUGAUGCAGUUGCUGAUAAACGGUUAAAGUUUUGGCUUCGGUCCCAAUUCAAAAACACUGCGACGCCACUGCAUCGUAAACUUCAGGAGGGAAAGCGCUUUGACCUCACUUUAGAUAGCUCCCUAAACGGUCACUACAAAUCGGGCAUCAAACUACUGCGGAUGGCCUAUUACGAUUUGAUCUCUUUUGAUGCACGAGCACCAAAAUGGUUGUCCGAUUUUGCGAGGGCCAAAGUUUACUCUAGGGCUCAAAAAGACCAAUUCAUUAACGAGUAUGCAGGCAUACUAAAGAUAACACAUGAUAUUCACGAUUUCAAAAGCAUUCCAGGCUUGGUAGACAAAUACAUGGCUAACCUGCGACAAUCAGAGACAAAGUCUCUUCCCACAAAUCAUAGCAUCACAGAUAUUUUGAACGGUGUCAAACCCGCAGUCCAAAGCUCAGGCCAUGGGCCCAAAAAACCUUUAUCCUCCCUAUUUAGUCAGUUGCGAACGCAGUAUAAGGACCAUAUAGACCAUGAUUGGUCGUUGCCGCAACUAAAUGUCAAAUUAUCCCCAAAUUCAGCAGGCUUACCACUCUCACCGUCAGUGAGAAGAAAUAAGAUCUUUGCAAAGUUGCUCCAAAUAAAACGCUUCAUCAAUGAGUAUCCUCCGAUGAAAAUGGAAGAUAUGGAACACUUGAACAAAUUUGUCAAGUCUGAAACUUUUGACAAUCAUCCAAUGAGCUUCGCAUAUAAAAGGUUCACCCGAGACUCGUUUGCGUUGACUGAGAACGUAAAGUUUAGAUUGUCUAAGAUUAGAGAUGUAUCAAUUCCACCACCAAAAGAGCUCCUUAGCUACUAUGUAAAUGUGAAAUAA